AUGGAAAAACUCACUAACGAAGAAAAUCAAUUAAUUAAAGACUUUCACUUACAUUUAGAGGCAAAUUUGUAUGAUGAUCCUUCGAAAAGCAAUGUUAUUGUUAUAAGACAUGCCUUCACCUAAUAGAAUAAAGAUUAACAUAUUUAUGAAAUAAAAAGAGGAGGCAUUUUUAAGUAAGACCCUGAGUGGAGAUAGCUUAUGCUUGAUGAAGUUUAUUUUGAUACACCCUUACAUAAUGUUGGUAUUCACUAAUGUUUAGCCAACUAAGAAAAAGUAAAUGAAAUAGAUUUUGAAGUUGUCUUAGUAUCUCCUCUUUAGAGAACACUUUAAACUUGUCUUUAUUUAUUCUAAAACCAUCCUAAUCGCUAAAAGAUUCAUUUUCUCAUUUAUCCUUUAGUGUCAGAAGGAGUCUGUGCAACAUCUUGUUUAGCAUACGAAACAAACACUUCAUUAAGGGAAAGAAUGACUAAACUAGCUUAAUCGUAUAACAUAAACCUUGAUUUCUCUUUGCUAGACUAAAAAUAAGUCGAUUUUAUGUGGCAAUUAGAGCAAAUUUAAGAUGAAAAAAUACAAGGUAAAUAUAAGGAUUGUUUAUAAAAAAUAAAAGAUGAAAAAGAAUACAGACAAUUUAUAAUAUAAGAAAUGACUGAUAGCUUCCCUCAUUUCUUUGAAAAUUGGGAGCUAAUGUUUAAAAGAGCAUAAGUGGCAAACAAGGAAAUUUCAUAAUUUAUUUAGAAAUACCCUAACAUUGUAAAUAAUACUAAAAAGUUAGGAAUAGUGACUCACAGUCAUUUUAUUACAUGCAUGACAGCAAAAGGCUUUAAUCAUGAUGGAAUAGCAGAUGGUAUAGUCUUGAAAAAUUGCUAAAUAGCACCUGUUUUUAUUGAAUGA